AUGGCACCCCGCAGCUUCGACAACACCUUCCGCGGUAUGACAAAGCGGCAGUUAGAGGAUGCAGCCGGUGCAGAUUUGCGGCAUCACCUAGGCCGCAAAAUCUUCGCGUCGCGAGAUCCGCGCUUUGCGUCUGCCCCGUCCUUCUCUUUCGGAGGCCGCUUGCACAAUGAGCUGGACACCCUCGCAAGCAACAGAAGCUUCUUCUGCAAGACUGGCACUCACCGUUGCCAAGAUGGGGAAACCUUGUUAGACGACCUGCGAAGGCGCGAUGACAAGAGCCAGAAGAAGUUGCGAGAGCAAGGGAGACAGUGGAAGGCAGUGCCAGGCCCUGGGUCCUAUCGAAUUCCGAGGUUCAUGGGCGACAUUGACCGGGCAUUCGAGGUCUCGGUUGGCAAGAACUCAGCUCCGUGGCGCACACCCAGCUGGCAAUUGGACAGCACGUCCCUAAGGCCGGUCUUCUACCACACCAUUGGGGGCGUUGGCCAUGCCCGUCAGGAGCACGAGGGCAAGCUGCGGGUGCCGACUCCACGGAAUCUGACGCCUGGCCCGGGCCACUACUUCAAGGACAGCGAUGGCUGCGUCUCCAUGUUCUCCGACUACAUGCGGCUGUCGAAGAGAGCCUUCUCGGCAGCGGCGACCGGCACCUCUCUACCCAAGUCCUGGUAUAAUAUCCAGGCAGAUUUGCCGGUGCCUCUGCCGCCACCUUUACAUCCGGGAGAGCUGCGACCCUGUACACCUGACGACUUUGCUCCCCUCUUCCCUGCAUCCCUCAUUGAGCAGGAGGUUUCUUCGGAGAGGUACCUGGAGAUCCCUGCAGAAGUGAGGGAGGUCCUCAACCUCUGGCGUCCAACACCGUUGAGACGAGCAUCCCGGUGGGAAAAGCUCCUGGGCCUACCUGGGAACGUCAAGAUCUUUUACAAGUACGAAGGUGGGUCACCUUCCGGAUCCCACAAGACCAACACGGCCGUCCCACAGGUCUACUACAACAAGCUGGCCGGCACAAAGAAGAUAACCACAGAGACAGGAGCUGGGCAAUGGGGUUCUGCAUUGGCCUGGUCUGGAGGUCAGUUUGAUCUGCCCAUUGAGGUCUACCAGGUCAAGGUUUCCUACGAGCAGAAGCCUUACCGGAAGGCCUUCAUCGAAGCCUGCGGCGCAGAGAUCUUCCCAUCACCGUCCACGAAGACCGCUGUGGGCAGUAAGGCCCUAGAGGAAGACCCCACGUGUCCCGGAUCCUUGGGAAUUGCAAUCUCGGAGGCCAUCGAGGCUUGUGUCUCCUCAGAACAGGCCAAGUAUGCUUUGGGCUCCGUCUUGUCCCACGUACUGAUGCACCAGACGGUCAUUGGCCAAGAGGCCAUUGAGCAGCUCGCAGGCUUUGGGGAAUAUCCGGAUGUGGUUGUUGGCUGCACCGGUGGGGGCAGCAACUUUGCAGGGAUUGCUUUCCCUUUCCUUGGUGAGAAGCUGCGAUCUGAAGCUGCCAAGCCAGAAAUCCGAUUCCUUGCCGUGGAGCCGGCAGCGUGUCCCUCCCUCACUCGGGGGGCCUACGCCUACGACUUUGGGGAUACGGCCAAGCUGACCCCACUAUUGAAGGCUCACACACUCGGUUCUGGCUUCAUGCCCCCCUCCGUACAUUCUGGCGGACUCAGAUACCAUGCCAUGGCUCCCCUCAUCUCCCACCUGAAGGAGCUGGGAGCCAUUGAGGCGCAAGCUGUGCAGCAGACAGCAGCCUUCGAUGCGGGAUCCUCGUUCUUCCGAGCUGAGGGAAUUCUUCCUGCUCCAGAAGCGACGCAUGCCAUUGAAGGUGCUCUUCAUGAAGCAAAGGCGGCAGCAGCUGCUGGCAAGCCUCGCGUCAUUCUCUUCAACAUGUGCGGUCACGGGCAUUUCGACAUGUUCGCCUGGGAAAAGUAUGCGAAAGGGCAAAUUGAAGACUUUGUCUUCCCGGAGGAAGACCUGAAGGAAGCUCUGACACACGUUCCUGGACUGAACGGCGUGAACUGGCCACGUCCGUGA